GGGAGAGGAGAGGGUCUUAGGUGAGCAGGCUGCUGGGGCUGGGACACUGCUGUGUGGGAACAUGGCGGAGGCCAACAGGCAUGCAGACCUGCGGUUUGUGAAGGCUCCUCUGAGGAAGAAUGUCUCCGACUUGGGACAGGAUACUGAUGAAAAUGGGGAGCUCAGCUACAAUGACAUGCAGGUGCACUCAUCCCCAGAGGCUCCCACAGGCCUGGUGCUGUCCCCCAUACCAGAAGACCGAGCAGGUCAUGGCCACUCUGGCUGUUUAAAGUACUUCCUGCUGGGCCUGCUCCUGACGUGCCUUCUGGUGAGAGUAGCUGCAAUCUGCUUGGGUGUGCAAUAUCUGUAUGGGUCUCAGCAGUUUGGACAGCUGAGCAGGGUGCUGGAAGCCACCAACAGCAGCCUUCAGGAACAGCUCCACCUUAGAACUGUCCAGCUGGGGCAGAUGGAAAAGGACCUGCAAGACUCCAAGACAGAGAUGGCCCGGAGACUGACAGCACUACAGGAGGAGCAGAGGGCACACCAGCCUGUCCGGGAGCAGCUGCAGGCCUGUCAGGCAGACAGGGAGAACACACAAAAGACUCUGCAGGCCAUGCAGCAGAAACUGAACCACCUGCAGGACACAGUGAAGCUCCUGCUCACCUGUCCCUCACAAGGCAUCUGCUGUAUGGUGGGCUGGAUACUAAUUCAGAGAAGAUGUUUUCACAUCUCACUCACUAAGAGAAAUUGGCAGGAAAGCCAGGAGUAUUGCAAAUCCCUGUCUUCUGACCUCACCACAUUUACAGACACUGCUUUGGGGUAUUAUUCAGAAAGUUCUUCCCGGAGGAGCUUAUUGUUGCAGUUAUCUGUGGACACUCCAUACUGGGUUGGCCACCGCUCAAACAACUACAGGUGAGUUUGUAGGUUUGAGUGUUUCCAGCUCUAUGUC